UUGACACAUCGCACCAUUUUGUAAAGAAAACGAAAAAAAAUAAAAAUAAAUCACGUGGUCUUGUUAAUAAAUUAUUUCAAAUUUAAAUUCACUGAUUUUUAAAAAUUAUUUUUCCUUUUUCAAUGAAAUAUAGGCUCAAGCAACUUAUCAGCAGAAAAGGCUUAAAAAAUUUUUAUUUUCCAAAGUUUUAUCUUUCUCAUUGUAUAGUGAAAAAUUGACUAUAAAACAAUGUUAAUUUUCUUCAUCGUGUGAGGGAAACAGGAUUUUUGAAAUAUAAGGAAAAGAAAUACGGAGACACAUCAGACGUGAAGGUUUAUGAUGAGUGAGAUGUUCAAUAAUCAUUUAAAUGGUGACGUCACACAAAAGGAACCAGACCCGUCGUUAGAACUUAUGGGUUUCAAAAAUAGAUUCACAACUACUAACUCUGUGCAGUGAAGUCAUCAUAAUACAUAUACAAUCAAAUAUAAUAUCUUUCAUCAGAUGUAACUAUCUGUUGCUUGUAAACUGUGUGUAUUAUAGUAUAAACAUGAAGAACACUACUUUUUUUUCUUCUUUUUCUUAAUCACAGUGAAUUGUAAAUAAUUUUUCCCUUUUAAUGGAUUUACGAUAAAAAAAACUAGUUAACUGUUAGAUAUAAAGUGCAUUUAAUUUUUAUAUACAGUUUUCAUUGCCUCGAUACAUUAUAUUAGUUGAAUUACUUCUAGUGUGUAAUAUUUAUUACAUUCUCAUUAUUAAAAAAAAAAUUUAGUUCCGUUUUCUUGAAAUUAUUUAAUUUUUUAAACUUUCUCAAACGUUUAUAUUUAAAGUUAUUUAUUUGAAAUAUUUAUCAAGUUAUUUAAAACUAUUAUUAGUAUUAAAAGAGAGGCUGAAAAAAAUUAUUGAGCUCGUAAAGUAGCAAAUUAAAAAAAAAAUGUCGCAUUCAAAUUCAAAAUCGUCGAGUCUAUUUAAACAAGCUGUUAUUCAAAUUGGAGCCGGAGGUUCGGCAGGUUUUGUGGAGGUUUGUAUUAUGCAUCCAAUGGAUCUCGUUAAAACACGAUUUCAACUUCAAGUGAAAACUAAUAAAGCAGAUCCUUUAUAUUAUACUGGAAUUGCCGAUUGUAUGAAAAAGAUGUAUAAAAAUGAAGGCCUCGCUUCUUUCUGGAAAGGAAUAUUACCGCCGAUUUUAUCGGAAACACCAAAAAGAGCCGUGAAGUUUUUUUCAUUCGAGCAAUAUAAACCACUUUUUCUCUUUGGCGCCAAUUCUCCAACUCCCCUGACUUUUACGUUAGCUGGAUUUUUUGCUGGCAUGACAGAAGGGAUAUUUGUAAAUCCAUUUGAAGUAAUUAAAGUGCAAAUGCAAUCAAAUCGUAAAAAAAUGACAGAAAGCCCUUCGACAUUUGCUGUGACAAAGGAGAUUAUUAGAAAAAAUGGAUUUGGACUAAAUGGUCUAAAUAAGGGAUUAAGCGCAACAGUUAUGAGAAAUGGUGUUUUUAAUUUAGUCUACUUUGGAUUUUAUCAUUCCGUUAAGGGCUGUAUUCCAGUGUACAAAGAUUCGAGAUUAAAUUUUUUAAUUAAGGUCGUCAUUGGUUUUUCAGCAGGAACAAUGGCUUCUUGUUUAAAUAUUCCAUUUGACGUGGCCAAAAGCCGAAUUCAAGGAUCAAAAAAUAAUGAAUAUAAAGGAACAUUAAGAACAAUUGGCACUGUUUAUAGACAAGAAGGAUUUAGAGCUCUUUACAAAGGAUUGUUACCAAAAGUUUUACGAUUAGGUCCUGGCGGAGCAAUAAUGUUAGUUGUUUAUGACUAUAUGCACGCUUACCUUACAGCCAAGCUGAAGAAUUAAAUAUUUUUUUAUCUUAUACAUU